CGGGCAGCACAACAAAGCGAUUCCUGUGUUCCUGUGUGGGAGUUUGCAUCCUGCACCGAAGUAGGCGGCGAAAGAGGCAGAUCGUGUGUGCUGCCAGGUACUUUACCUCCGGUGACCGGUGACCGGUGCUCGCUCAACAAUGAGGAAGCGCGCCGGCAUCGGGGCCAUCCAGAAGCAGCGGCUCCAGGCGGAGAAGUACAAGGACAAGGGCACCGAGCUGCAGGACUCACAGUUCGAACAGAUGCUGCAACAGAUGGAAGCACUGCGGGGCAAGCUGGAGGAGUUUGCCGCCAAGCACCGGAACGAGAUCAAAAAGAACACCCAGUUCCGGCGCCAGUUCCAAGAGAUGUGUGCCGCCAUCGGUGUCGAUCCGCUCGCGUCCGGCAAGGGAUUCUGGAGCGUGCUGGGCAUCGGUGACUUCUAUUACGAGCUCAGCGUGCAGGUGGUUGAGGUAUGCCUGGCCCAUAACCACACUACCGGUGGAGUGAUGGAACUAGAGGAGCUGAGGAACAAGCUGGUGGCCGCCAGAGGAAAGCGACAGAUUCACCAGGAGAUUACCACGGACGACAUUCUUAUGGCGGCCAAGAAGCUGGAAAUCUUUGGUAACGGGUUCACCAUCGUCAAUGUCGGCAAGGGACGCCAUCUGGUGCAGUCGAUACCGGGCGAGCUGAGCCUACAGGAGACGUCCGUACUGCAGGUGGCAUCGAACCAGCCCGAGGGCUGGGUCACCGUAGCGAAAAUUGUAGAGCAGUUAGGCUGGACAGAAGCCAGAGCGGAGAAUGCCUUAGAGAAGGUGCUCGGUGAAGGGCUAGCAUGGAUCGACAAGCAGGGCGAUGAGCCGAGCUACUGGUUGCCCAGCCUGUUCCCCGGCCGGCUACUUGCAAAGGGUUGAUCGAAACGCACGCGCCGGCAAGGCGCUGUCUGCACAAUGCUCUCCACAGACUAUUAACAGUGCCAUCCUUUCUCCCUUCCUGCUUUCCCUUACAAAAGGAUGACACUGUAGUGAGAACAUUGUGCCGAGAUUCUUACCGGCUGGGCGUUUAUGGGCGUCAGCACCCCCACAGAUAUUCAUCCAAAUUUAUUCUUUUAAAUUAUCCCACUAUGCAGUAUCCGACUGUUGGCUGAGUUGAAACACGUUAUAAACUGAGUUUAUCUUUAACGCAAUCAUUUA